GCGAAGAAAGACGAUAUACCUAACAAAUGGGCCAAAAACACGGCGUUGACUCUAGAGGCAAAGGCAGAAAAGUUCCCGGUUCUUCAUCGAUGAAGCAAAAACACCACGUCGAAUCUAGCUGUGGAGGCGGAGGAGAGAUCGUUCCGGGGCCUUUGCCGUUCGAUGACUUGCCAGAGGAGUGCAUCUUUAAGAUAAUCUCUCUUACAAGUCCACGGGACGUGUGCGUCUCCGCUUCAGUUUCAAAAUCUUUUGCAUGUGUGGUCAAGUCAGAUAGCAUAUGGGAGGAGUUUCUUCCGUCGGAGUAUGAAUCUCUGGUUCCUCCGUGGAGAGUUUUCUCAUCGAAGAAAGAGCUUUAUUUCACUCUCUGCUACGAUCCUGUUCUAAUUGAAGAUGGCAAAAAGUUUUCAAAAGGUACCAGAGUUUCUCAAUGUUUGCUCUUUCGAGAUGGGUGGUAGUAUGAGUACGCAGAUCCUAUCUUUAGGAACUCAUUACACAGCUUACAUCGUGUACAAGCUAAAGGACGAACGUCAUGGCUUACGAGACUUGUCUAUACAAGUUGGUGUUGGAUUUAAAGGACAAGAAAUGCCUAAACGAUUCAUAUGCUUUGACGAUAAAUUCUAAAAAUUGCCAAAGAAGAGGGGAGAUGGGUGGAUGGAGGCAGAGAUUGGGGAUUUCUUCAAUGAAGGAGGAUCAAUGGGUUAUGAUGAAAUUGAGGUGAGUAUUGUAGACGUUGCAAUACGCCCCAAUCCGAAGGGUGGUCUGGUUAUUGAAGGAAUUGAAUUCCGACCAAAGGGAUAGUCAGUAAAGUAUUUCGGUUUAUUGUAAUUUGUACGUAAUGGAAGAACGGUUUGGUUAUUUUCAGGUUACACAUGUUUAUAUUGUAAUCUUUUCGAGAAAAAAACAUAUACUUUGUGAAUCAGAAA